GCGUGCGCGCGCGGGCUGUCAGAGAGCAGCACACAGACGCAGAGACGGAACAGCGAGCCGCGCGCCUCUCAGCAUCGAAGCCUCCUUCCACUGAAAGGAUCUCACUCGCUGCAGGGCGGACCCCGCGCGUGUCUGUGUGCGUGUAUUUAUAUGUUUUAAAACGCUAAUUUAGGCGCAAACGUACCUUAGUUUCUUUUUUUUUUUGCCUUUUGGGAGCUUUUCAAAGUAAAAGAAUCGAGAGACCAGAGGAGAGCCAUGGCCGCGACAACCUGCACCCGCUUCACGGACGAGUUCCAGCUGUACGAGGAGCUCGGGAAGGGAGCCUUUUCGGUGGUGCGCCGGUGCGUGAAGCUGUGCACGGGACAGGAGUACGCCGCCAAAAUAAUCAACACCAAAAAGCUGUCGGCCAGAGAUCACCAGAAGCUGGAGCGAGAGGCUCGGAUCUGUCGCCUGUUGAAACACUCCAACAUCGUUCGUCUCCAUGACAGCAUCUCAGAGGAGGGCUUCCACUACCUCCUGUUUGACUUGGUGACUGGAGGUGAGCUCUUCGAGGACAUCGUAGCCAGAGAGUAUUACAGCGAGGCCGACGCCAGUCAUUGCAUCCAGCAGAUCCUGGAGGCGGUGCUUCACUGCCAUCAAAUGGGCGUGGUGCACCGGGACCUGAAGCCGGAGAACCUGCUCCUGGCGAGCAAAUGCAAGAACGCCGCCGUGAAGCUGGCCGACUUCGGCCUCGCCAUUGAGGUGCAGGGGGAUCAGCAGGCCUGGUUCGGAUUCGCUGGCACACCGGGGUACCUGUCUCCUGAGGUGUUGAGGAAGGAGGCAUAUGGCAAACCUGUGGACAUCUGGGCCUGCGGCGUGAUCCUCUACAUCCUGCUGGUGGGUUACCCUCCUUUCUGGGACGAGGACCAGCACAAGCUGUACCAGCAGAUCAAGGCCGGGGCGUACGAUUUUCCUUCCCCCGAGUGGGACACAGUCACCCCAGAGGCCAAGAACCUCAUCAACCAGAUGCUCACCAUCAACCCGGCCAAGAGGAUCACCGCCCAGGAGGCCCUCAAGCACCCGUGGGUCUGCCAACGGUCCACGGUGGCGUCCAUGAUGCACAGACAGGAGACCGUGGAGUGCCUGAAGAAAUUCAACGCCAGGAGGAAACUCAAGGGGGCCAUUCUUACCACGAUGCUGGUUUCUCGAAAUUUCUCCGUGGGCAGCAGACAGACCACCGCUCAGGCGUCUGUCACGGCGGCGGCGGCGGCGGCGGCAGCGGCGGCGGCUGCGGCCGCCGGCACCACCGCGGGGCUGGUGGAACAAGCAGCUAAGUCCUUGCUCAACAAGAAGGCCGACGUCAAGAAACGCAAGUCCAGCUCCACCGUCCAGUACAUGCCCCAGACAAACAGCACCAAAAACAGCACAGUCACCAGCCCCAAAGGAAACGUCCCUUCACCUGCUCUGGAGCCUCAGACAACCGUCAUCCAUAACCCGGUGGACAGGACGAAGGAAUCGUCAGACAGCAGCAACACCACCGUGGAGGACGAAGAUGUGAAAGGAAAGAGCUUAGACAAGGCGCAGUCCAGCUCGAGCUCCCAGCCAGAUAGCACUCAGGCCUCCUCCGCCGCGGCGUCCUCCGCCACAAAGUUCUCUGACCUGCUGGGCUCCGUGCGCAGGGGCUCAGGGGCCGCGUCCGACGGGGAAGGCAGAGCCAGCACCCCGCCCCCCGCCGCCCUCUCUGCCCCCUCCCCUCCACACACCCCCGUCGUCCCCAUGCAGAUGUCCCGGCUCACAGACCUGGUAAGCAGCAUCCGCAGGGUGCCGCCGGCCGCUGCACCCGAGGGCGACGCCCCCCCUAGCGCCAGGCCCGCCCCUCCGCCUGCACACACCACCUCCCCGCCUCCCCCCCGCUCCCCCUCCAGCCCGUCCCCGUCUCCCUCCCAGACGCGCAAGCAAGAAAUCAUCAAGAUCACCGAGCAGCUGAUCGAGGCCAUCAACAACGGGGACUUCGAGGCGUACGCUAAGAUCUGCGACGCCGGGCUGACCUCCUUUGAGCCGGAGGCGCUGGGCAACCUGGUCGAAGGGAUGGAUUUCCACCGGUUCUACUUUGAGAACCUUUUGGCCAAGAACAGCAAGCCCAUCCACACCACCAUCCUGAACCCCCACGUCCACCUGAUCGGCGAGGACGCCGCCUGCAUCGCUUACAUCCGCCUGACCCAGUUCGUGGAUAACCAGGGCCGGCCGCGCUCCAGCCAGUCGGAGGAGACGCGCGUCUGGCAGCGCAGAGACGGCAAGUGGCAGAACAUCCACUUCCACUGCUCAGGAGCACCGGCCGCGCCGCUCCAGUGAGGGUCGAAUGCUCUAGCUUCUUCUGUCAGGGGGGGGGGGGAGGAGGAGGAGGAGGAGGAAGGGAUGGUUUGGGCACAGACCCCCCCUUCUUCAACGGACCCUUCAUCAACAGACCCUCCCACGCGAGACACUCGGCUCGACCCCCAGCAUGCAUCUCUUCCUUCUGCCACCAACCAGCCGUCUGUCACACCUUCAGCGGCUUCGUCGUCCUUCCUCUUCUUCGCUGCCCCCCCCCCCCCCCCCCGACAGGCGAGGGGGUCGUGGUCCCUUCAUUUCUUCCCCACAGGUCACCUGCCCCCCCGACCCUCUCACCCCCCCCCUGUCAAUCCACACUUGUGUGACAUAAACACUGCACUGGAAAUACAAUAUGUAAAGUUUUAAGUAAAAUCUAUUAUCAUUACUCUUAAUAUUAUUAUUAUUACACAUUUGCAAAUGUACAUGUAAUUUAUAUAAUUCUAUCUUCUUGAUGCCAGUGGUUUCUAGAGUUGUUUUGUUUUUAUCUUUUUAAGGAAGCAUGUUUUUUUUCCAUAUUAACAGUGGCUGUUUUUUUUAUUGUGGCUCUAUAGUAGAGAUGAUAUUGGCAGUUUUUGUAUUUUGCUUCUUCAACGUGAGCUUUAAUACUUAAAUACUCGAGUUCAACGCAGUAUUAUUUGUUUGGGGGUUUUCUUUUUCUUAUUUUUUUUUUUUGGAAGGGACAUAUCUGAACGUGUGUGUGUGUGUGUGUGUGUGUGUGUGUGUGUGUGUGUGUGUGACCAUGUAGGAGAGGUUCACUCAGCUCUUCAAGCCUCCCAAUCGUUCACAUCCAAAGCAAACCGCUUGAAAUAAGAGGUUUACGAGAGAAGGUGGACGCAGUGAUGAUAGAAUGAGGCUGAAUGUUGAGACCAAAGAGGACGGAUCAGACCUUUGAUUCUUCACUGAGGGACUUUGAGGGACUUUGAGGGACUUUGAGAACGUGGAAGCCUCUCAGUCUUGGGGUCUUGGAGACUGGACCCAAGAAAGAUCUCCUGAAGCCACUUAAAUGAAGUGGAGGCCACAAAAGGCCACAAAAGGACACAAGCGACAGUACCAUUUUAAAACAAACUCUGGAUUAGUUUUAGUCCCAAACUGGACUCUAAAACAGGUUGAACUUAAAAAAUCCCAAAAUGUUAUUUCGCUCUACAUUUUCUUUUUAAUUGAAGAACUUGUAUUUAAAACGCAAAUCAAUAAAAUCGCUAAUUUUCUUAUUAACCCUUAACACACAAACUGUUCUCUGCAGCCAGCGGUGAUGCACAAAGGUGCUGGGGGGCUGUCGGGGGCUGUGCUUCUGUUGCUAGGCGACGGCUGAAAAGCUGCUCGGGGCUUAGUGAGCUCUCCUUAGAAGGUGUGAUAUUUUUAGCUCGCUAGAAUGUCGACGGACAAAAAAAAUCAAAACAGACGGAACAUUUUAAGUCAGAGAGAAUCCUGCAGACUGCGUGACCCCCCACAUGCACAGUGUGUGUGUGUGUGUGUGUGUGUGAGUUGUGAGGAGGAGGCUUUGUUUUGGAGGACCUAUCAGUCCCCUGCCUUCAGCCCUUGGUUUAUUUUUUAAUUAUGAUUUCAUCAGUUUGUUUCUUCUUUUCUUGCAUUGUGUUCUUCACGUGGUUUUGGCUUCUUACAACAUUAAGUGCUUGUGAUUAAUCCGACGGACUCUGCAGCACUGAGAACUCUUUCUGUGGGGUUUGACCUGCGAUCAGCUCCUCGUCCACCAUUGGCUGCCUUCACACUUGUCUCGCUCCGAUUGGUCAGACCAAGAUAUUAAAGAGACCAGGCAGUCCUCAGGUUUCUAUUUAUUUUUCAAUAUUUAUUUAUUUAUUUCAGUGGAUGAUUUUAAUGUGCUUUUCCUUUUUGUGUCUUUUGCUCUUAUUAUACAACUCUUGUGCACUUGUGCAGGUACCGUCUGUUGUUGAAAGGGAGUCGACUCUCCUGCUUUUAAAGGGAAAGUUCAACCACUUUGUGUCCUGCAUGUGUUUCUCUGAAACAAAAAACAUGGUGGGAAAUAGUUUUCUUUUUUUUGUGUGCUACUUUAGAUUUCGGGGGUUGUGUUGACAUUCUUUUCUUCCAUUUUCAUGGUGAGGAUGGAUCUCAUUACCACUUUAGCUGAGUGGGACAUCCAUCACUUUAAAUCUCAUGAUUCAGGUUUGUGUUUUAAGUGAUCUGACGUUUCAAAAGUUACAUCCUCAAAUUUUUAAUUUUAAAGUGAUUUAAGCUUUUUAAAUAAUCAACGCAAAGACGUUGUGUUGUUCUCAGUGUUGAUGCCUAGUUGACCAGUAAAGGGUCAAAGGUUAAUCAUGCUGGCCAGACACGAACCCCCCCCGCCCCCCCCU